AUGGCUAACAAAGGAGGUGGAUUUCAUAUACAAGAAGAAAAAGAUGAUUAUGAUGUCGAUGAAAUUUAUGGACUUUAUCCAACAUUGUUCUCAAUCAACAUGCAUCAUGGAGGAUCAUUUACAAACAAUCCAGGUCAUAUAAUGAGUAGUUCUGUUAUGAAUGAUUUUGACCCUUUCUUAGAUGAUAAUGAUAGGGACAGUAAUGAGGAUAGUGAUACAGUUGAUGAGAAUAAUCAGGAUGAUAAUGAUAUGGAAGAAGAUAGUGACCAGGAUAGUGAUUAUAUAGUAGAUGAGGAGAAUGAUAUAGAUGAAAGUGAUGUUGACAUGAGAGAUUAUAAGUUCAUGGUUGAUGAUGAAGAGGAAGAUGAAACUCACCCUGAUGCAAGGAUUGAUGAUUUAGAGGUCUUGGACAAUGAAAAAUUUGAUAGUGCUAGUGAUAUUGAGGAUAAUAUAGGGAAUGUUAGGAGGAGAACCUUAAAACAUAUAAAAAGGGAACAUGUGGAGACUAGAAGGUUGUUAAAAAUAGUAAAGGAUGAUAAGGAUAGGGUAAGGGUGGCAUGUUCAGGUGAUAUUCCUGGUGUUGACAAGGUGGAAUCUGUUAAGAGGCCAAAAAAGAAGAAAGUUAAAAAGAACUAG